AGAACCCAACACCACCUUCUGAGAUGAUCUUGGUUCCCAGAAUGCCUUUGGUGCUGCUCCUGCUGCUGCCUAUCUUGAGUUCUGCAAAAGCUCAGGUUAAUCCAGCUAUAUGCAGGUAUCCUCUGGGCAUGUCAGGAGGCCACAUUCCUGAUGAGGACAUCACAGCUUCCAGUCAGUGGUCAGAGUCCACAGCUGCCAAAUAUGGAAGGCUGGACUCAGAAGAAGGAGAUGGAGCCUGGUGCCCUGAGAUUCCAGUGGAACCCGAUGACCUGAAGGAAUUUCUGCAGAUUGAUUUGCACACCCUACACUUUAUCACUCUUGUGGGGACCCAGGGGCGCCAUGCAGGGGGUCAUGGCAUCGAGUUUGCACCCAUGUACAAGAUCAAUUAUAGUCGGGAUGGCACUCGCUGGAUUUCUUGGCGGAACCGGCAUGGGAAACAGGUGCUAGAUGGAAAUAGUAACCCGUAUGACAUUUUCCUAAAGGACUUGGAGCCACCCAUUGUAGCUAGAUUUGUUCGCUUCAUUCCAGUCACUGACCACUCCAUGAAUGUUUGCAUGAGGGUGGAACUUUAUGGCUGUGUCUGGCUAGAUGGCUUGGUGUCUUACAAUGCUCCAGCUGGGCAGCAGUUUGUACUCCCUGGAGGCUCUAUCAUUUAUCUGAAUGAUUCUGUCUAUGAUGGAGCCGUUGGGUACAGCAUGACUGAAGGACUGGGCCAACUGACAGAUGGGGUGUCUGGCCUGGAUGAUUUCACCCAGACCCAUGAAUACCAUGUGUGGCCGGGCUAUGACUACGUGGGCUGGCGGAAUGAGAGUGCCACCAAUGGCUACAUUGAGAUCAUGUUUGAAUUUGACCGCAUCAGGAAUUUCACUACCAUGAAGGUCCACUGCAAUAACAUGUUUGCUAAAGGUGUGAAGAUCUUUAAGGAGGUACAGUGCUACUUCCGUUCUGAAGCCAAUGAGUGGGAACCUAAUGCAGUUUCCUUCCCUCUUGUCCUGGAUGAUGUCAACCCCAGUGCUCGCUUUGUCACAGUGCCUCUCCACCACCGAAUGGCCAGUGCCAUCAAAUGCCAAUACCAUUUUGCUGACACCUGGAUGAUGUUCAGUGAGAUCACUUUCCAAUCAGAUGCGGCAAUGUACAACAACUCUGGAGCCCUGCCCACCUCUCCUAUGGCACCGACAACCUAUGAUCCAAUGCUUAAAGUCGAUGAUAGCAACACACGGAUCCUGAUUGGCUGCUUGGUGGCCAUCAUCUUCAUCCUCCUGGCCAUCAUUGUCAUUAUCUUGUGGAGACAGUUCUGGCAGAAAAUGCUGGAGAAGGCUUCCCGGAGGAUGCUGGAUGAUGAAAUGACUGUCAGCCUCUCCCUACCAAGCGAGUCCAGUAUGUUCAACAAUAACCGCUCCUCAUCACCAAGUGAACAGGAGUCCAACUCGACUUAUGAUCGCAUAUUUCCUCUUCGCCCUGACUACCAGGAGCCAUCCAGACUGAUACGAAAGCUCCCAGAAUUUGCUCCAGGGGAGGAAGAGUCAGGCUGCAGUGGCAUUGUGAAGCCAGCCCAACACAACGGACCUGAGGGAGUGCCCCACUAUGCAGAAGCUGACAUAGUGAACCUCCAGGGAGUGACUGGAGGCAACACCUACUCAGUUCCUGCUGUCACCAUGGACCUUCUCUCAGGAAAAGAUGUGGCUGUGGAAGAGUUUCCCCGGAAACUCUUAACUUUCAAGGAGAAGCUAGGAGAAGGCCAGUUUGGAGAGGUUCAUCUUUGUGAAGUGGAGGGAAUGGAAAAAUUCAAAGACAAAGAUUUUGCCCUAGAUGUCAGUGCCAACCAGCCUGUCCUGGUGGCUGUGAAAAUGCUCCGAGCAGAUGCCAACAAGAAUGCCAGGAAUGAUUUUCUUAAGGAGAUAAAGAUCAUGUCCCGGCUCAAGGAUGCAAACAUCAUCCGUCUCUUAGCUGUGUGUAUCACUGAUGACCCUCUUUGCAUGAUCACGGAAUACAUGGAGAAUGGAGACCUCAAUCAGUUUCUUUCCCGCCAUGAGCCUGCCAAUUCUUGCUCCAGCAAUGUACCCACUGUCAGUUACGUCAACCUGAAGUUUAUGGCUACCCAGAUUGCCUCUGGCAUGAAGUACCUUUCCUCUCUGAAUUUUGUCCACCGAGAUCUGGCUACACGAAACUGUUUAGUGGGUAAGAACUACACCAUCAAGAUAGCUGACUUUGGAAUGAGCAGAAACUUAUACAGUGGUGACUACUACCGGAUCCAGGGUCGCGCAGUGCUCCCUAUACGCUGGAUGUCUUGGGAGAGCAUCUUGCUGGGCAAAUUCACUACAGCAAGUGAUGUGUGGGCAUUUGGGGUGACUCUGUGGGAGACAUUCACCUUUUGCCAAGAGCAGCCCUAUUCUCAGCUGUCAGAUGAACAGGUUAUUGAAAAUACUGGAGAGUUCUUCCGAGACCAGGGGAGGCAGAUUUACCUCCCUCAACCAGCCAUUUGCCCUGACUCUGUGUAUAAGCUGAUGCUCAGCUGUUGGAGAAGAGAUACAAAGCACCGUCCAUCAUUUCAAGAAAUCCACCUUUUGCUCCUUCAACAAGGGGAUGAGUGAUGCCGUCAAUGCGUGAUAGCAUUCCAAUGGCCCAGGUUCUUCCCACAAGACCUACCACUCAACCAUACCUAAGCCACUCCAUCUGGACAUUUUACGGAACUGAGAGACACAGGCCUUUUGCUUUGUUCUCUCUCUGUCCCUCACCUCCCCCAUGCCACUCCUUCACUCCCUACCACUGUCUGAUAUAUACUUUUUU